CACACACACACACACACACACACAAAAAAAAAAACGCGUACAAAUGUCGCACCUCUCUGCUUGGCGCUGUUAUUUCAUACUCAUUCGUGAGGAUUUACCCGUCGGCGUUUCUUCUGAAUCCUCCGGAACAAGUGGACAUGCAUAUGCUCGUUAAAUUGCUUGUCAUAACGGCGGCGUAUCAGCAUAACUUAGCCACAGCAAGCGGUGACUGUGGAAGACCAGACUUUCCAGAAAACACAGUAUUUGACCCAGACUUACCACGUCAUGUUGGUGCUAGAAUUCGCAUUCAGUGUAAAGAAGGCUAUGUAAGGGAAGCAGGAACAUCCAACCUAUACCGAUGCAUUGAGGACAAAGGCAAAACAAUCUGGCGCUCUAGCCCUCGCCUCCAGUGCAUACGUAAGAGUCUUGUUUGUUGCAGAGCUGAUCCCAAAGCGACAAAUGUACCCACAACUGAUCCAAAAAGGACAAAUGUACCCACAACAGAGACCCAAAGACCUCAUCAACAUUUCACAUCAUCCACCACAGGAAGAACAGCAAGAGUGAAUACCACAGUUCAUGGCACAGUUAUGCCAACCACAGCAACAGGACAUAUAGCUUUGACAACAACAAAUGAAGUUGUCAAAACAAGACAAACUACCAGCCAGUCAACUUUGAUGAGCACAACAAAAGAGGCGGAGUCUAUUACAACCAAUGAGAUUACUUCAACAUCCAGCAGCUUGACAAGCAGAGAAUAUAUAACAACAACAACAACAACAACAACAACAACAUCAACAUCAACAACAUCAACAACAACAACAACAACAACAACAUCAUCACAUACCCUGUCAGGCUCUUUCUCUACAACAACAGGGGCAAAUGUACCUCAAAGGACCUCAGCUGUUUCUAAAGGAAAUGGUACAGUGGAAGCCGUUUCUGGUGGUUAUAAAUCAACAGUAGGUGGAGUUACAGGCAUACUUAUCCUUUGCCUGCUGGCAGCAGUAUUCCUUUUAUGUUGGAGGUCAAGAAAUCAAAGAACAAGCAAACCCAAUCCAGACCAAGAGACCUCCAUUUACUACACACCCGUACCACAAAGUUCAGCAGCUGACAAAUCUACAGAAGACUCUGAAAGUGACAAAAAUCAACCACAAAUAGACAUCGCCAGUGGUGCAGACACGUGAUAAACCCCUUCCAUGAACAUACUCCUGAUAGCCCUUGUUCAGACUGUCAGUCCAUAUUCAAUGUCUGCAUAUCUAUUUGGAAUCCAAGUGACAUUGAACAUUACAAAAAAAAUAUAUAUAUAUAUCACAUGUAAUACGAUUUUUACAAACUUUUUGAAACUCUGGAUUUUGCAUAACUUUUUUCCCUAUGUCAUUUUCUAAUGGUAUAUAAAAAUAUGAACACAUCAGACGUUGUUUGUAGAAAACAUGCUUAAAGGAGAGCUCCAUUUCCCAAACAACAAUUCACAAAGAAUUUACUCACCCCUUUGUCAUCCAAGAUGUUCAUGUGUUUCUCUCUUAAGUUGUGAAGAAAUGAUGGUCUUUUAGGAAAACAUUUUAAGAUUUUUCUCCAUAUAAUGGACUUCCAAAAUGUAGUUUAAAUGCAGCUUCAAAGGGCUCUAAACGAUCCCAGCCGAGGAAGAAGGGUCUUUUCUGGCGAAACGAUCUGUCAAACUCGGACCUUUGAGUCUCGUUCAGCAAAAUGAACAAAUGUUUUUUCAAAUAAUUUCGUUCUUUUUAGCAAAAUAUAAUUAAAAUGUUACGUGUUACUUCCCUAACACAUCUACUGCUUACACAAACGUUGAUUACAUUACAAACAAGACAAAACUAUAAUGCUAUAAGAAACAGAAAAGAUUAAUUCACUGUUUACCUGGGUCUUUAGUCUAUGAUUGGCUCACCUCACCUCUUAUCUGACAAGUUUUCGGGUUUGAGUCAUUCGUUCAUUACGAGACAGCCCCAUAAGAUGAAUGAAUGACUCGAAAAAACCCGAAGACUCGAAACAGGUGCACUAAUUCCAGUACAGAACCUAAUAGGAUGUUGCGCAUGCGCAACUGAACGAAUCACUCCCUGAGACGAAUCGUUUUACCCAAGUCACAUUAAAGAUUUGUUCAAAAUGAAAGAAUCGUUCUAAUUCGUAGCAUCGUGGACGCGCAUCCCAGAGCCUGUGCUACACAAGCUUUUGUGCUUAAAAAAUAUACACUUUAUUUAAAAAAAAAAAAAAAAAAAAACGUUCGUUUCGCUAGAUAAGACCCUUUUUCCUCUGCUGGGAUCGUUUAGAGCCCUUUGAAGCUGCAUUUAAACUACAUUUUGGAAGUUCAAAAUCGGGGCACCAAUGAAGUCCAUUAUAUGGAGAAAAAUCCUGAAAUGCUUUACUUAAAAACAAUUUCUUCACGACUGAAGACAGAAAGACAUGAACAUCUUGGAUGACAAGGGGAUGAGUAAAUUAUUUGUAAAUUGUUGUUCUGAAAGUGGACUUCUCCUUUAAGAUUUUGGUCUAAUGAUCUAAACAGACCACGGAGACAGUAGCACGGAAUAAAGCUGUGCAUUCCAGCUUCUUACGUUUCUUCCACUUCCUCGUAAGAUGUAAUUAUGGCAACAAGUUGUCGUUGUAAAACAAGAUCUGUAUUGGAAACCUUGUUGCUGUUGCUUGGAGUUGGCAUACCGUCACUGACAUAGAAACCAAUGCAUGUACUCCGUUACACAAAAGAGCGUAACAGGACACACAAAUCUGAUCUGAAUAGUGGAAUAGUACACAGAUAAUCAGAGUUGGACUGACAGUGUGAACAAACUUUUUACUCCAUGAAAUAUGCCAUCCUAAAAGCACAUAUAUGAUCGACGUCCAUCUCAUGUACCUCAUCUAUCUCUCUACUCUUUUAAUGUUAUCGUAAAAAUGAAUAAAGUUUUAUAUUGUUUUUAA